AUGGUUCUCAAAAAUUCGCCAAAAUCACUUUGGGCUCGGAACUUUGAUCUCUCGUUAGCUUCAGUUAUCAUUGCCAUCCUUGUUCAGUUUAUGAAUAAUGGAGGAGUAUACACAAAGGGGUUUUUCUACGGCUUUAAUUGGCUUGUGUGGACAACCGUCGCCCUCCAGUCAAUUGGUGGUAUUAUUGUCGCGCUUGUCGUCAAAUAUUCAGACAACAUUCAAAAGGUAUUUAUUUCAGUCGUAUCUGCAUCGUCAUUGCGGGUAGCGCACAUUUGGACUACAACGCCCAUGGCUGUUCUUCUGGUGUUGAUUCAGUGGAUUCUGCUGGGAUAUGGUAGUACUGUUCCUCUUUCUGGCGAGUGGAGCGUUACCGAUGGUGAUAUCACAGUGGAAUUCAAUUUAACCUCAGGGGGCACUGACGUCUAUUCUGUCCUCAAAAAUAGCGGCCUCAUUGAUGAUCCCCUUCGAGGCUACGGUGACACGGAGUUGCGAUAUAUAAGCCACAAGAACUGGACAUUUUCACAUCGCUUUCAAGUUCACUAUCCCGCGGUUACUGAGACAGUCGUGCUUGAACUACGUGAAGUAGAUACUUUCUGUUGUGUCCACCUCAAUGGCAAAUUUUUGACAUGCACGGAUAACAGCUUCAUUCAUGUAAACAUUCCGAUCACCUCUGCCCUCCGUUAUGGAUGGAAUUCUCUUCAACUCGCUUUCCGGUCUACUCCUUUAAUGGCGAAGGUGGCUUACAAAAAGCUAUCACCAGAUCCACCACUGCCCGAGUGUUGGCCAGAUAUUUUUAAAGGGGAGUGUCGCAUCAACGCAGUCAGGACGACUCAGGCCUCUUUUGGAUGGGAUUGGGGUCCGGCAUUUCCGAUCCAGGGCUUCUGGAAACUCCCACAACUACGAUUCAGCAAUGUUAGGAUAGGCGACGGGUUGAGAUUUUUUCCAGUCAUGUCAGGAAGUUCCUGGAAGGCAUUCGUCUCGGUUGAGAUUCUCGACGACGGAGGAGACAGAAGAAACAGCAAUAUUUAUUGUGUUUACUUGAAGCUUGGGGGUGGUCUAAUGUCCACGUGGGCGAAGCGCUGUUUUUUUGCUGAAAAUGGAGAAAGAAAUGUAUGGAUGGAACUGCCUCUUGUCUCUAAUACUACAGUGCGACCUUGGUGGCCAAACGGAGUGCAUUCUGGGCCUCAUUUGUAUUCUCUGAAGGUGAAGCUUCGAAGUCACGACGAAGGACCAAUGAUUGAUCACAAGUCUUACUGGGUUGGCUUCCGACAAAUGGAGCUAGUUCAGGCCACCGACUCGAGAAGCACCUGCGCACGAGGCGAUGCGAAAAAUACCCACACGCCCUCAGCCUCAACUACACUCGCGCGGUGGGGCCGCACGCGCGCGCAAGCGCAGCGCCCUCGCGCGACCACUCGGCGGAACGCGACUGCGCGGUUGGCCGGCCUGCCUACCAAGGCAGAAGGCGUACCAGGCCCUCUGACCAAUCAGGUGAAGACGGGCUGUAUCGAUGUUUCAGUCGCCCGCAUAUUCGCUCAACUGUUGUGUACUGAAUAUUCCACAAACUGCUCUUCAAAAUUUUCACCAAAGAGAGAGGAGUCCUCACUAACUCUCCGUCGUCCCUUUCCCUUGUCCGAUGACGUGAUGAUAGAUUCAGAGGCCUACGGAAAGACCUUCUUCUUCCGCAUCAAUGGCGUGUCGCUGUUCAUCAAGGGAAGCAACUGGAUCCCCUCAAGUCUCUUUCCGGGGCACAGACAGUCUGGUUUCCACGGCGUCAGCAGCCCUCCCACCCAGGCCGAACUGCUGCGUUCGGCAGCCCGGGCGGGAAUCCAAAUGCUCCGUGUCUGGGGCGGGGGACGGUAUGAGUCGCAGCGGUUCUACAAUCAUGCCGGCCGGUUGGGCAUCAUGGUGUGGCAGGACAUGAUGUUCGCUUGCUCCAUGUACGAAAAACCCCCGAAAGGAGAACAGGAUAGCGCGGAACAGGAAAUUCGAUGGCAAGUACGGCGACUGCACCAUCAUCCAGCUGUGGUGGUGUGGGCCACAAAUAACGAGGUAGAAGUGGCUGCCGCGCAGCGCUGGUAUGGCCCGAAAGUAAAUAAAGCUGAAUACCGCAGAAGAUUUCUCGACUCGAUUGCCCCAAUCAUGGUAGAAAACGAGAGGCCGCCAACUACGAACACAGGCUAUGUCCCGCGAAAAGUCCUCCUUUCGUCUCCAAGCAACGCUGAUGCCUCCACAGAUACCGACGGAAUUGACUUCAAUCCUCAGGACCCACUCUCUGGUGAUGUUCACUUUUACUCGUACUACGCUGACCUUUGGGACGAAUGUUCGUACCCAGUCAGCCGCUUUACAUCUGAAUACGGGAUCAUGUCCUUGCCGAGUCCGUUAGCGUGGUUGCGGUCGUUCGACAACAACAGUCAACACGACGACUGGAUGGUUCGUGGUCGGCUAAUGAUGCACAGACUGCACAAAAUCGAUGGCAUCGACAUCGUCGAGAGGCUUGUGAGGGAGAAAUUUGGCGAACCGAGAACCAGCUUCACAAGUCAAGAGAGCUACACACUGUGGGCAUAUCUGACGCAGCUCUACCAAGCAAUCGCCUACAAAACGUACAUAAACCUUCUGGAGCGUCAUCAGUGCACUAUUUCGGGAAGCGCUUUGAGCAGCGACUGCGGUGGGCAGCAAAAGGGCCAGGGUAGGUCAAUGGGUCACCUCUACUGGCAACUCAACGAUGUGUGGGCAGCACUAACGUGGUCCACAAUCGAUGCUGUCGGCCAGUGGAAAAUUGCCCACUACCUUGCCAUCAGGGGAACUGCGUCGUCGAGGCACCCCAUAGGACGAAUCAUUGUGUCCCGGGUAAAGGGACAAAUACUGGUCACCUGGGUACCCCCAGUCAACCCCAUUGUCGAGAAGCGAAUACGCCUCCGAGUUGUAUGCGCCCCUAUUCAAUCCUUCAGACUUGCGCCCGUAGUCAUUUUUGAAACUGAGGACAGUAGCCCGUGGAGUCCAGACAGAUGUCCCUUUGAAGUUGUCAAGUUCAACGUAACGUGGUUACUUUUAAAGUGCCCAUUUGGUGUUCUCAGUACAAGUAUAGACAAUGGUCAAGUGCAGAUAAAUGACACGGCACUUUUGCGCACUCCCAAGGAAAUGGCACCAUUGUGGCCAAAGACAGCAGGAUAUGUGGAGGUAAAGUCAGUCAAGCGGGUUAAAUCAGCACCUUCAACAGUCCCAAGACCUCCCUUCCAAUACCGACAGGUGUUCGAGGUAACCCUUCGUGCAGAGAGUCCGAAUUUGUUUAUUUGGCUAGUGAUUGAUCCCUAUGAAAACAUCGACGGCUGGUUCUCCGAUAACGCCUUCAAUAUGCUGUUUCACAAUGAGUUCAAGCUAUUUUACUUUGUUAAGUCUCGAACAUUAAUCCCCGAAAAGAACCUUCGGAAGUCCAUUGCAAUAUAUACUCUGGCUUCAAUCUAG